AGUUUUAUUUCUUGUUUCAUUCAUAACAAUGAUAAAAUUCAAUAAUGUUAAUCUCUGUGUUCUGCUAUUUUACCUACUUGUAUUCCAAUGUCAACAGCAUUUUGGAGGUCGACCAGGUUCUCACACAAAUGGAAUAAGUGCCAAAAUGUGCUCAAUUUACGGAGAAUCGGUGUAUGUUCUAACCAAGCCUGUCUUUAAUAUUCUCGGAGCUGUACCACAAAAGAUUUCACAGUGUGGAGUGAAGAAUCGUCCCUUAGUUUACGGGGGUAUGGACGCUCACGGAAGGGAAUUCCCCCAUAUGGCUUUGAUUGGUUAUGAUGAAGAAGAUAAGUGGGGUUGUGGUGGUUCAUUAAUCUCCGACGCAUGGGUUUUGUCUGCAGCUCAUUGUGCUUAUUCGCUCAAUGGUAAAAAAGCCAAAUAUGUUCGACUGGGUGAAUUAGAUUAUGCAAUUGAUAACGAUGAUGCUGAUCCUCAAGAUUUCCACAUUAUUCAAAUUGAAAUACAUCCUGAAUACGAAAUUUCAAGUUCUCCCGUUCCGGUUUAUAACGACAUAGCGUUAUUCAAACUUAAUAAAAAAGCUACAUUUACUGCUUAUGUACGUCCAGCAUGUUUAUGGACGAAAUAUGAUAUUUAUAAGUCCAAAGCUAUAGCAACGGGAUGGGGUCACACAAGCGAAUACCCAAGUAGAUCAACAACACGCUUGCAACAAGCAACAUUAAGUUUAAUACCUCAUUCAGAAUGUGAUCUAGGUAGACUUACAGGGUAUACAGCGAGACGUUUAUAUAAAGGAAUUAUUGACGAAAUACACAUUUGUGCUGGUGCUGGUAAAAAUGACGUGGACCUGAAGGAUACAUGCACGGGUGAUUCAGGAGGUCCUCUACAAAUAAUUUCUGAGACCGUCAAUUGUAUGUAUGAUAUAAUUGGUAUUACAUCGUUUGGGAAACCUUGUGGAAAGAGUCGAGUUCCAGGAGUGUAUACAAGAGUUUCAAGUUAUAUUCCAUGGAUAGAAAGUAUUGUAUGGCAAUAAUUUAAUACGAUCCCGUGUUCCAAAAGUUUAUACAAGAGUAUCGAAAGGUACAUCCCAUAGGUAGAAAAUAGUGUAUGGAAAAAUAAUGUUUAUUUUAAAUA